GAGUGUAGCGACGGUAAGUGUGCUAUGGGAAUAAAUAGUAUUUAUUUUUCAUUUAAAACGUGCUGUGAAAAUCAACAGUAAAUCAUUGAUGUGAGAAACGUGUAAGCGGCAACAAGUUCAAGUUUCGCGACGCUACAUAUUUGCCUGCCAGACACAAAAAUAAGUACAUACAUAUAUACGUUUAAACAUAGUUCAUUAAUUCGAACAUAUGUAUGAAUACCCGGGCAAAAAAUAAAAUACAAAUCGAGGAAAGAAGUGAGCGUAAAACCGAAAGAUAUAAUAUACCUACAUAAAUCAUACAUUUAUAUCGCCAAAAACGUAAUUUGAACACAUUGAGUCCAGACUAUGGAGUAGCGCGAUAUCGCUACGAUAUUUGGACAUUUCCAUUCUUCAUGGGUACUCGGUAGAUUUUGUGGCAGUGUAUAUGGAAAGAAUGCUUGAUUGUGAAAUGAUUUCGUGCAAUAUUUAAAUAUGCUAGCUAAAGAAAGCAAAAAGCCCGAAUGCCGAGAUUUUUUAAAGACGAAUUCUGGAAGUCUGCUGUAGCACCGUAACUUAAAUAAUAAAUUCCAAAGAAAAUAAGAAAAGGAAAAAUUAGAAAAAAUCGUAUUUUUGUUAAAACUUUCUAGUUUGUUGUUUUUGUUAUUUAUACUUUUAAAUUACUCGUAAAAGUGGCUUUUGUUCGCUGGCAAAAUGAGUUUUAGCGGACCAAGCGGACCACGGGACAACGUGCGAAAACUAUCAUUUCUCGGCUUCAAUGCGAAAAAGUCCACCGGGAAUGAGGAUCCAAACGAGGUUUACUUGGAUUCGGAAAUGGAAAAAGUUUUCGCCGGUCCAAGUGCGCACAAGGAAAAGUUCGAUGUAACGACAUUUCAGGACGCGAAUCAGCCGAUUGGUUCGUACAAGCAGAGUAAUGUGCAUCGUAAAAGUGAACUGAAUAUUGAAGAGGAUUCUGAAUAUGAAAGCACAACUGACCCCGUCAAUCCGCAAAAUUAUGAUGACAUACCCGAAGAUUAUCCAUUAGUAUCCGAGCGCGCGGGACACUGCGAUCAUUCGGUAAGUGCACAGAAUUUCAGUAAGGUACUUUUAGGAGGAUAUAGUCGCAUAUAA